AUGCCGCGAUCCAAGUUUUUCACGCCCAGCGAGGUUUCAGCCCACAACAGCGCCGAGGAUUUGUGGGUGUCAUAUUUAGGCAAGGUGUACGACCUGACGCCUCUGGUGAAAAAAUUCAAAGGCGAUGUUCUCCUGAUGCCUAUCAUCGAGUGUGCAGGAAAGGACAUCAGUCAUUGGUUUGACCCCAAAACCAAAGACAUCCUCACCCACGUAGACCCACCGACUGGCUGUGUGACGUACUACCCUAGGGGGCGCUUUCUGCACAUCCCUCCUACCGGUCCCCGCACCGACUGGGCCAAUGACUUCGGCCUGCCCUGGUGGAGAGACUCGGAGUACGAGGUGGGCCUGCUUUCAGCCAAAACCAGGUGGCUACGCAUCGUCAACACCCUCACAGCACAGGUGCAACGGCUGGAGGUGUGUUCCGAGGAGACAGUGGAGGAGAUCCUCCAUCGCUAUCUGCACUACAACUCCCACGCCUCGAGCUACACCUGGAAGUGCGGCGGCGUCCGGCUGGACAUGAGCAAGACGCUGAGCCAAAACGGCAUCGACGAGGAUGAGGAGCUCUACCGGAAUGGCAUGGACGGGGACCUUUACGCCCAGUCGGUUUAUCUCUACUUCAAUGAUGACCUCAGCAAGCCCUGAGGGCCAAGCCGGUCACCUCUGACCUUACACUUGACGCGCGCAAGGUGCUGGGUCAGGUUAUCCUACGACUGCCGACCGUGUUGACACUUUUCAGCGCCGGUCUGAUA